AUGUCUCAGAAUAUUGCACUUUUAGCUUCAGUGAGUCCUAAAUUCACUGAAGAAACCCUCGAAUCUAUCUUUCAAAAAGCCACUGGUGCAAAAUUUGCGAAAGUAAUCCCCGCGUUCGAGAACUUCCUGCAAUCGAAAGGAGCAUGUGAUCUUCUCAAUGUUCCCAAGUGUCUGAAGUAUCUCCACGACGGGGAAAAUGACUUUCUGGUAUUGGAAGACGUCACAACUAAAGGAUUUACACAUGCUGUCGGAAAACAAGAUAUUUGGACGACAAACAUGAAUACAACUGUUAAAGCAGCAAUGACGCAACAAUAUCCAGGAACUCCAGAGGAAAAAAGAUUCAAUGCCAUAACACCCGAUCAACUUUUCAGGAGAUGCGCUAAUUGUUGCGAGGCUAAGAAAGAUUCUCCAAUUGUCGUGAAUCAUGGAGACGCCUGGGCCUUCAACUUCAUGACUCGAACAUUAGAUUCUCGGGAGGGUGAAGCCGUCAUUUUCGAUUUCCAAUUGGCCCGCCUAACAAGUCCCGUUCUCGAUAUUUCCUAUUUUCUUUAUACGUGCACUGAUAAAGACACUCGAGACAAAUACUUCUAUGAACUUCUGGAAUACUAUCAUUCGGAGCUUGGGAAUAUUGUCUCGCGACUCGGAUCAAGCAUCGCAGAUAUUUAUCCAGAAAAUUAUUUUAUGAAAGACGUGAAAGAGCAAUUUGUCCUUGGUGUGGCCUUCGCGGUGGAUAUUUUGCCUAUGAUGUUAACCACCGAAGAUGGAUUAUCUAAUAUCGAAAGCUUCACGAAUGAUGAAGGAGUUAACAUUUCUUUGAUGUGGAAAUUGGAUGCAGAUUUGCCUCCAGAAAGCAAUAAACGCAUUGCGGACGCAAUUGUUCAUGUUAUUCAACAGGGUUUUCUUUGA